AAUCAUUACAAAAUUGUUAUUAAAAUAGUGCAAGAAGAUUGUUAGAUGUUUAAAUUAAGUUUGCAGAUCAUCAUCCGCUCAACACUCUAACUCGGAUUUCAGUCUUUAGACUGAAUUACUUAAUCUGUAUCUUGAACAUAAUAAUAGUAAUAAUUAUUUUUACUCGUGGGAACCUUAAUCACGAAGAAGAAAUACUUCCAUUGACACUGUAGAGUUGUAGAAGGUUUAGGAAGAUUCAAAGAUCUUGAUUAUAAUCCAAUCAAUGUAUAAAUGUAUUUUUCCUGUACCUCUAUGAAAAGUUUACUUUUCUAUUUCAAAUAGGUAGAACUAUCCACACAACUAUAGUGAAAAAAAGUAUAAUACCGGUCAUUAGUACUAAUCUAUUUUUUUGAAGGUUAUACAUGGAAUUUCCUUAUCUUCUUCUAUAACUAUACUAAAAUAACACAGCCUUAAUGUCUGGUAUUGUGUUCGAUUUUAGUUAGUUUACUUUUACUCUCGCUAUUUUCUUGUUAUUCUUAUACGGCAAACCUCUUUGAUACCAUCACCGAUUUCUACAAAAUCAAAAUCCGAAUUUGAGAACCUAGCACAUCUAAUGUAUAUAAGUACCGAACUAGUUAAGAAGACAACUGAAUUUAUUAAAAAGGCUCUGUUAUAAUCUCUCUUUUCUGUCAACAUUCUGCGUGGCCGAUAUGGCAUCCCCCGAAGCAUUAAAAGAAUAUCCAAUUAGUGUGAAAUACAUGAAUAAAAUAUUUUGCUCGCAGUGGUUGAGUGAUAGACAAGUAGUUUUCGGUACUAAAUGCAAUAAGCUUAUGGUUUAUGAUGUAGCUACGCAAAAAUUAGAUCAAAUUCCGUCCUUGCAUGGGCGACAGACUAAUCCAGCUGGAGCUCCAGUGGCCGAACAACAAUGUGGAAUUCAUUCUGUGCAAAUAAAUCCAUCACGGACACUAUUGAGUACUGGAGCAAGAAAUAGCAACGAAAUUGCAAUCUAUCGAUUGCCAACAUUAGAUCCCGUUUGUGUAGGAGAGAGUGGCCACAGAGAUUGGGUAUUUGACAUGUGUUGGCUCGAUGAUGAGUUUUUAGUAUCGGGUUCAAGAGAUACAAAAAUGGCAUUAUGGCAUAUUAAUAGUAAUCUUGCUACUGCUCCGGAUAAAUCUGAAGUUCCAACACAUAGAAUCAUUCAACCAGUGUCCGUAAAAGACUGUCAAUCUACACAAAAAGUGCGUGCCCUGGCAUUUAACAAAGCUUACAAUGAAAUUGUUGCGUUGUCUCCAAAUGGUUUUAUUAAUAUUUGGUCGGCUGAACCUUUUGAACAAAAGAAAUCGGAAGAACUUCAAGAUUGUCAAGAAAGUGUAUGUUUAGCGGUUCUAGAUAACAGCAUGUAUGCUAUUGGUUGUCGUUCACAUACUCUCCUAUUGGAUGCACGUACCUUGCAGCUAAUUAAAAAAAUCCCAUCAAGAUACACUGGCUGUGGUAUUAGAUCUGCAAGUUUUCAAGGUUCAGUUCUGACAAUUGGAACUGGUUUAGGGAUGCUAAUGUUCUACGAUGUCAGAGCUCAAAAAUAUUUGGAAUCAUCGAUUAAUUCGAAUCAAACUGUUAUUUUGAAAGCAUCGAAAGGAUAUGUCAUACCUGACGAAGAUUACUCGAACGAUCCAGAAAACAUCAUAUACACACCUGCAAUUUAUACUCAUUGUUAUGAUGCAUCCGGUACACGAUUAUUUACAGCUGGCGGACCUUUUCCAGAAAGUUUGUAUGGAUGUUACGCUGGAUUAUGGCAGUAAUGCAUUCAGAAAAUCAUCUGUGACUGUUGUGUACAACUCUAUACCGAUACGAUUUAUAAUUGUUAUACAAAUUGUUACUAAAUAAUGAUUUUAUUAUGCAAUAUUGUAUAAUUUUCUAAUAAUUGUCAUCAUUCAAUGUGUAUAAAUAAUUUAUUUUUGGUA